AUGACGACGAAUAGUGAAGAUAAGAAGCGAAAAGGGGCCCCUCAGGCCGAAACUCCCUCCACAUCUGCCGCCGGUGGAGAGUCAGCCUCUGGCAAUCAAAAAUCAGUUCCGUUACCCGAUCCACCGCUGGAUAUUGACGACCAAUGUGACGCUCGAUGGAGGGAUGGGAAUCACAUCCUAAGAACCAGAAUUAUUGAACGGCGGCCGCUGAAUUACAUGCAAAUAAAGCGUAAACAAAAGCGCAAGGGGCAAAUGUCAGUCAAAGGUCUCAAGGCGGAUGAAAUUGAAUAUUAUAUCCAUUAUGAAAAGCAAGAUCGACGGCUGGACGAGUGGGUGACCAUUGAUAAAUUCCUCUUGGAGACACUGACACGGGCUCCUAAAGAAAUAGAUGACUUGGGCGAUGACUCGCGGAGGCUUCGGCGUCGGAGCACAUCACCAUAUGCGGCAGCCAAUUCUCAUGGGAACUCUCCAGGAGAUGCAACAGCCAUCUUGUCGGGAGGCAAUUGGCGAGGCGGCUCUGGCGAUCCAACGUUUGCCGCCUUGGAAAAGGAACACGAGGAGACCACCAAGGUCAAAAAUAUUGAAAAGAUUUUCAUGGGAGGUUGGGAAGUCGAGUGUUGGUACUUUUCGCCGUAUCCAGAGGAGUAUAGUGAAGCCAAGCUCUUGUAUGUAUGUGAAUUUACCUUGAAGUACAUGAAGAAGAAGAAGACCUUCCUCAAACAUAAAGCUGAGUGCCCCCACCGGCAUCCUCCGGGGCGGGAAAUUUAUCGAGAAUACGGUUUGAGUGUGUAUGAAGUGGACGGGAAAAAACAUCGAGUGUACUGUCAAAAUCUAUGUUUGUUGGCCAAACUAUUCCUCGACCACAAGACUCUGUAUUAUGAUGUGGAUCCAUUCUACUUUUAUAUCAUUUGUCACGUGGAUGAUCAUGGAGCUCACAUUGUCGGAUACUUCUCCAAAGAGAAGGUAUCAGCCGAAGAAUACAAUCUUGCUUGCAUAUUAACCUUUCCGCAAUACCAAAAGGAAGGUUACGGCAAAUUCAUCAUUUCCUUAUCAUACGAACUCUCCAAACGAGAGAAAAAGACUGGAUCACCCGAAAAGCCGCUCUCGGAUCUGGGCAAGAUUUCGUACCGUAGCUAUUGGACCUACGUCUUGUUGCACUUGCUUGCCAAACACGAUCCAGCCGAAGACAUUUCUAUCAAGGACAUUUCCAUGCAAACUGGAAUCAAGACCGAAGAUAUUAUCUCGACCCUGCAACAUUUGGAUAUGAUCAAGUUUUGGAAGGGACAACACGUCGUCUUUGUCAGUCAAGAAACGAUCAACGAUUACAUGAAGAAACAAAAGAAGAAACUCCGGCUGUGCAAACCCGAUUGCUUGCAUUGGGAGCCUCCAGGGGAGGAGGCAAAGUAA